UUCUCCAUGUCCUCAUCUCUUUCUACGAAUUCGGCCAGGCGUCACCAGGUUUCUGGUAUAAACUCUCACUUACCCACCGAAUUAACAGGCUGAGUUCUUCAGAUAUUUGAGACAGUUGCGUUUUAGGCAGAAAAGUCAUAUUGACCUCAUUUUUUUUCUCCCUGAGAAAUGGAUAUCAGUAAUGAUGCCAGCAUUGUUCCAUUUUCAAUUGGACCGUCUACAAUCAUUGGCCGGACCAUUGCUUUUAGAAUUUUGUUCUGUAAGUCGAUGUUGCAGUUCAUGCAGCAGAUCUUUGGUGUUAUAAGGAAUUAUCUUCGGCAAUUUAAGGGCUGUAUCAUACCACUGAUCUCCUGGUUACAUCCCAAAAAUCCUCAAGGGAUAUUGGUAAUGGUGACACUCAUAGCUUUUUUGCUCAAUAGAUACACAAAUGUUAAACUGAAGGCUGAAUUGGCUAACCGAAGGAAAUUCUGGAGGAAUAUGAUGAGAACUGCUCUAACAUACGAGGAAUGGGCACAUGCAUCUAAGAUGCUUGAUAAGGAAACACCAAAAAUGAAUGAAUCAGAUCUCUAUGAUGAGGAACUGGUUAGAAAUAAGCUCCAGGAGCUACAGCACCGUCGCCAGGAGGGUUCUCUCAAAGAUAUAAUAUUCUGGAUGCGUGCUGAUCUAGUCAGAAAUCUAGGUAAUAUGUGCAAUCCAGAACUUCACAAGGGUCGCCUUCAUGUUCCCAGGCUCAUAAAGGAGUACAUUGAUGAGGUCUCCACUCAGCUGAGAAUGGUAUGCCACUCUGACUCUGAGGAGCUGCUCUUGGAAGAGAAACUUGCAUUUAUGCAUGAAACAAGGCAUGCCUUUGGGAGGACAGCGUUGCUCUUGAGUGGUGGCGCAUCCCUGGGAGCAUUUCAUAUCGGUGUGGUGAAGACUCUUGUUGAGCAUAAACUUUUGCCCCGAAUAAUUGCAGGUUCUAGUGUGGGAUCAAUCAUGUGUUCUGUUGUUGCCACUAUGUCCUGGCCUGAGCUUCAAAAUUUCUUCGAAGAUUCUUGGCACUCAUUAAAGUUCUUUGAUCAGAUGGGUGGGAUUUUAACUGUUUUCAAGAGGGUUAUGACACAAGGUGCCGUUCAUGACAUAAGGCAGUUGCAGAUGUUGCUGAGACACCUCACUAGUAAUCUAACAUUUCAAGAAGCAUAUGACAUGACUGGCCGGAUUCUUGGGAUCACGGUUUGCUCGCCAAGGAAGCAUGAGCCUCCAAGAUGCCUUAACUACUUGACAUCGCCUCAUGUUGUUAUAUGGAGUGCCGUGACUGCUUCUUGUGCUUUUCCUGGCCUUUUUGAGGCACAGGAACUGAUGGCAAAGGAUAGAAGUGGUGAGAUUGUUCCAUAUCACCCACCAUUUAAUUUGGGUCCUAAAGAAGGUCAAGGUGCACCAGUACGUAGAUGGAGAGAUGGUAGCUUGGAGAUCGAUUUACCCAUGAUGCAACUGAAGGAGCUGUUUAAUGUCAAUCAUUUUAUUGUAAGCCAGGCAAAUCCUCAUAUUGCACCCUUUUUGAGGCUAAAAGAGCUUGUGAGAGUUUAUGGGGGCAACUUUGCUGCCAAGCUUGCUCACCUUGCCGAAAUGGAAGUGAAGCACAGAUUCAGCCAGAUACUGGAACUCGGUUUUCCAUUGGGAGGAGUUGCUAAGCUGUUUGCUCAGGAUUGGGAGGGGGAUGUGACUGUAGUUAUGCCUGCUACUCUUGCUCAGUAUUCAAAAAUUAUACAGAAUCCAUCUCAUGUGGAGCUUCAAAAGGCUGCUAACCAGGGCAGGAGGUGCACCUGGGAAAAGCUCUCGGCCAUAAAGGCCAACUAUGGCAUUGAGCUUGCACUAGAUGAGUGUGUUGCAGUUCUCAAUCACAUGCGUAGGCUCAAAAAGAGUGCCGACAGGGCAGCAGCUUCAUAUGGAUUAGGCAGCACAAAUAGGUUCCAUGCUUCCAGGAGGAUCCCCUCAUGGAACAGCAUCGCACGAGAAAACUCAACAGGGUCCCUUGAAGAAGAAAUCGUUUCAGAUGGUGGUGGACACUCAGGAGCAUAUUCAGGCCGGAACUUCCAUCUCCACCGUAACAUGCAUGAGGGAAGUGAUAAUGAGUCAGAGAGUGUGGACCUUAAUUCUUGGACAAGAUCUGGUGGGCCUUUGAUGAGGACAAUGUCAGCGAAUGAGUUCAUUGAAUUUUUCAAAAAUUUGGAUAUUGAUGCCGAACUAAACAAGUCCCGGACAAGAGAAGAUGAAUUGAAAGGUGUUCAAUCUAACUCUUAUGUAAUUCAUAUGGCAAAAAUGGAUCCCUAUAAUCAUAGCUCCAGCUUAGCAGUAGCAGACAGAAGCUCAGAGAACAUGGAGUUUGAUCAGCAGGAUGGAAGUAAUAGAGUUCUGGCUACCACAUCCAGUAUCACUGUGACUGAAGGGGACCUGUUGCAACCUGAAAGAAUCCACAAUGGAAUUGUGUUCAAUGUUGUGAAGAAGGAAGACCUGAGGUCCCAUAGGUGUCACGAUUCUGAUAGUCACCACAAUUCACCUGAGAGUCCAGUCGCAGAAUGUGUGCAACUUGAGAGUCUAGGCAAGGAUAUGGAUUCCAGUUCAGCUUCUGAAUGUGAUGAGGAUGAUGGAACUUUUUCAAACUGCAUCAAUGAAAUGGCUUCCCACCAUAAUCCUGAGGAUCACUCUGGCUCAUAUGAUGGUAAUUGCCAAGAUAUGGACAGUUGAGAUUGGAACCUCUCUUUUUUCUGUAAAUUUAGAAACAACAUAAGAUGGAGUUCAUUCCAGGAUCGAGGCUAUGCUAAAGUUCUGAUAUUGGGAGCAGAAGGGAGGCUCCCUUCUAC